AUGAGUCUUGUCUGGCGUAAAAUUCAACGAUCAAAUAAAAAGGCUGCCAAAUAUCGUUUUACAAUAAUUCCACAAGAAUUGCUUAUUAUUGGAACGAACAAAUGGACGCCAGAAAAUGUUUUAGUCGCGUGUUUGCAUAGAAGACGGCGAGUGGAAAGCAAAGUGCGUAAAUGGGAAAGAGGAAUAUCAGAUCCAUGUCGUGGCCUGAUUGUGUGGCCAGAACAAACGUCUGAUCCUUUGCUUUUUGAAACUACCCUCUAUGGAAACAAUGUUACUCGUGUUUACGAUGAUAAGGAAUGGAUUCUUAUGGUAGAAGAACUUACUCGAAAGGGUAAACAUUUGCCUAUCGGUGCAGUGAAUCUCAAUAUGCGACUGUUCAUUGAGAACAGUCCUGGUACGGGUGCAGAACUUAAAUUAAAAUUGCGACCACUGUGGGCUGAAGUCGUUCAUUGCUCCAUUCAAAUUCUGAUUUAUUGUUCACUCGUUGAUGAAGGAGAAGCGAAUAUUUAUAAAUUUAAACGUCACUUCAUUAUUUUGGCAAUGAAUUUCAGGGAACCAGUAACAAAUAUGAUAGAUGAAGCUGAUACCAAAAUUUCGAAAACGCAUGAUGAAAUAAUAAAAUUGAGACCUGUUUAUAAUCAGCUUCCUGAAGUUGUCGAAAAUGAGGAUAUUCUAGCAUGGUGUCAAAGGAUAACAAAUGGAUAUACUUCAGUCAAAAUUACUGACUUUACGAAAAGCUUCCGUUCCGGAUUGGCUUUUUGUGCAUUAAUUCAUCGAUAUAAGCCUGAUUUAAUUGGUGAUUUUAAUAAACUUGAUUUUUCUGAUUUGCUUUGUGCACGUCGUGAUAACUGUCGUAAGCUGGAUGCAGGAAUUAUUGCUACGUUACCUGAUCGGCAGGAUGUUCUUAUAUUUCUUUCUCAACUGCGUUCGCUUUUGGAAGGUGUAUCGCCAGCCGAUACUAAGUUAAAAGAUUCGGACCACCGAGUGUCUGCUUUAUUCGCUCUUUCGGAAUCUGAAGCAAAACUUGAAAAUUUACGGAAACAGCGCGAACAUGAAGAAGCCAUCGAUCUCACGAACAUUCCGAUCGAAGAUGAUUCUACUCAGACAACGCUGGAUAGAAUGAAACGAUAUGGAAGUAUGAGAGGACAAGAACUUGCGGAAACAGUUGCUCGUAUGGCUGGACGAACAGUAAGCACUCAUUUAUCUUCUUCGGAAGAGGAAGAAUGUUUAUUAAAGGAACAUAUGCGGUUGUUGAAUGAAAAGGAUAGCCUAGUUAGGAAGAGCGAAUAUUUUAAUGUUCUGGAGCAAUUGCAUGAUGUGAACGAUAAUAUUAAGCAAUUUUCAGAAGAUAAUAGAACAGAAGAGGAUAAACAGAAAACUGAUGCUAUGAUGGAGGAAUUGGUAGGUCUUGUCAAUAAAAAGGACCAAUUGUCGCAGAAAGAUGAAGAAAUGGGUGAACGCGAUCGUCUCACACUUGAGGCAGCUGCGAAAUUCUCCCGAGGUUUUGAGCAACCAAUUUCAGCUUCAAAACGGCUGAUUACAUGGAUUCGAUCGGAAAUACACAGUUAA